GCCCCGCCGGCAUGGCCACCUGCAAGAACAUCGUCAUCUUCGGGGCCACGGGCAUGACAGGGCUGGCCACGCUGGCGCAAGCCCUGCAGGCCGGCUACCAGGUGACGGUGCUGGUGCGGGACCCGGCGCGGCUGCCCCCGGACCUGCGCCCGACACACGUGGUGGUGGGCGACGUGCUGGACCCCAGCGCCGUGGACCGGGCUGUGCGGGGGCAGGACGCCGUCAUCAUCAUCCUGGGCACCCGCAAUGACCUCAGCCCCACCACCAUGAUGUCCGAGGGCACCAAGAACAUCGUGACCGCCAUGAAGGCCCACGGGAUCCGCAAGGUGGUCGUGUGCCUGUCGGCCUUCCUGAUGUGGGACCCGGCCAAGGUGCCGGCCAGGCUGCAGCCCGUGACCGACGACCACAUCCGCAUGCACCGCGUCCUGCAGGACUCGGGCCUGGACUGCGUCUCCGUCAUGCCGCCCCACAUCGCCGAUGACCAGCCGCUGACCGGGGACUACACGGUGACCGUGAACGCGGCGAGCGGCUCCCGCGUCAUCUCCAAGCACGACUUGGGCCACUUCUUCCUGCAGUGCCUGAGCACGGCCCAGUACGACGGCAAGAACGUCUACCUCUCCCGCCACUACCCCAAGGAGUGAGCCCGGCCCCCCGGCUGCCCACCCUGCUUGCUCCGGCGCCUGACGCUCCCCGGAUGAUUAAACCGCAGUGAUUUUUUCCCA